CACGGUUUGGUCGUGUGGAUAAUAAGAUGAAGAUGAGGCUUCUGAGGCCGUGAAUGAUCGCGUCUAAUCUCUUAUCCCCAUCUCUCUAUAUAAAAUAUCUCUUGGUUUACCCAUUUAGCUUAACUUUAUUAACACUAUCGACUACUUUUAUCUUUAAAAAACUCCACCCCCCCUUCUUCUUCUCCUCAAAACUCACUCGGAGAACCUCGACUUGUAGCGCAGAUGAGCAUCCUGAACCAUUCCAUCCCCACGAAUGGGCAACCACUGUUACCUCCCAAGUCUUCAGCGGCUCAGGAUGCAUCCCAGCAUCUGUCAAUGGCUCGAUCCUCCCAAGCAGCACAUUGGAUGAAAUCAUCCGAGCCCGAUCCCUCGGCGAGAUCCUCCCUGGUCGUCUCAAGCAGAGAUGUUCCCAGGACUACAGGAUCAGUUUCCAGCGAAGUCUUUCAGAAUGGCUCCUUCGAAAGUCUGAAAAUACCCGAUAUGGACCUUGAGCCCGCGGCCGAAAGCUUCCUAUGCUCCCUUUCGGAGAACGAAAAGUUCGUUCGCAUAUUUGAUCAUAGUUCUUCGUCUCAGAUGAAUGUUGUGCUCUCAGUAUCUGUUUCUUCGGCGGUGAAGCUUGACAGCAGACAGAUUGAGCUAAUAGCCAGAAAAAUGCAGAAACUGACCGGGUUCAGAAACCUGAAGUUGGAGAACAUCGUUGAUCCCUCGCUUAUUGCUGGAUUCACAAUAAGCUAUUGUGAUGAUGAGUCCGAUGUGAUCGAUCUCAGCGUGAAAGGGCAGUUGGCUUCUCUAGCAGCUCGUGUUGAGUCCUCAGAGCGAAUAAUAGCGAAUAAUGCGCAGAGUUGGAGUUCAUAGCGUUGUGCAUCCCGCAAAUAUUGUUACUGUUUUUGAUUCGGAGUUUUUGGUUACAGUGACUUAUAUAUAUGUAUAUGAAAUGCAUGCAUAUGAGAAGGCUGUAAAAAGGUUUUUCCGACGGUUUGAUAGUUAAGGCUUGUAUGAUGCUAUAUACCGCAAUUUCUUAUGCUCUACUCUA